CUCUCGAACACAGUCUAACAUUAACAAAGCGAGAGAGCAGAGAGAAGAAGAGAGGGAUGAACAGAAAGUGAUAGAGACACUGAGCAAGUGUGGACCACUUUUACAAUUCAUUCAUCUACCAGUUUUGCUUCUUUUGUCCUUCAUUCAGUGUUGGAGUGGUCUGGAUGAAAGAAGGAGAGGGUCAGUGUUUUCUCACAGGUGACAUUUAAUGUAUGAGAAUCUGACUAUGCUGAACUUACAAAACAACUCCAACUGGACUGGCCCAAACAACUGGUACCACCCGGCCGACACCAUCACCCCUCAACACGGAACAAAUGGUUGCGUGGAAGAUCUGAAUGCGCAGAUGGCCGGAGCAGGGGAAGGAGUGGUGCCGGGAGAGAGGGAUGAGGUGGACGAGUCACAGCUACACCUGCAGCUAAAGAGGAAGCUGCAGAGGAACCGCACCAGCUUCACACAGGAGCAGAUCGAUGCCCUGGAGAAAGAGUUUGAGCGGACUCAUUACCCAGAUGUCUUUGCUAGAGAGAGACUGGCAGCAAAGAUUGAUCUUCCAGAGGCUAGAAUUCAGGUAUGGUUCUCCAAUCGGAGAGCUAAGUGGAGAAGGGAGGAAAAGCUGAGAAAUCAGAGGAGGUCAGGGGGCACCAGUUCCUGUUCUCAGACACAUACUCCUCUAAGCACAUCCUUUAACUCCCCUGUAUAUCACUCCAAUCAUAGCAACAGCUCAGGCUCAAUGCACAGUCGGGGUGAUUCGUCUCUCUCAGCCUACAGCUCUCUGUCUGUCUUCUCCAGUAUGCAGUCUUUGCCCUCCCAGUCCACUCCAACUUAUUCCUGCAUGUUACCUCCUUCUCCUACGGCCCUUCCCCCUCUUUCUCGUAAAUUUGACUCCUCAUCCUAUACCUCUCCCCACCUCCCGCCCCCACCGACGGUGAGCACAAACACAGGAUUCUUUGCCGGUGUUUCCGCAGCAGGGCAGACUGCAGUUCAAGGCGGCGAUCAGGAGCUGGGACAAGGUCUGGGUCAGUACUGGACGAGACUGCAGUAAACAACACACAUUAUCAUUAUCAGAUAAAACCAGCAGAGCUUCAAUCAGCAACUUUAAGCAAAGUAUUUAACAAAAAAUGCAUCAGGAAACCCUACUUAUUUAGAUGAUUUACACAUCAGGGAAGCAGACUAUGUAAGCCAUAAUCCUGUAUAAAAAAAAAGAUGUGGACAUCACAAACCUGCACAUGUGGAAGAGAAAAUGGACUCCAGCAUUUUUGACCUGCACCUUUAUAGGACUAGUCAGCAGCACAAUGCCAGACAAUAGCACAGUAUCAUUCUCAGAUAUUGGUGAGAAAACAGUGCACAUCUAAAAAUGCCUCAUGUUUCUAGAACAUAAAAAUAUUUUUUAAUUGAUGUGCCAAUUACAAUCAAUAUGACAAACAGCAAGUGACCAAAAUGAGGAUGUUUUAAACGGCAUUUGUGGUUAUACACAACUGUUCAUAAGUUUGGUGUUGGCAAGAUUUUUUUUAUAUCUUUGAAAAGGCUGCAUUUAUUUGAUCACAAAUACAGUAAAAACAGGAAAGUAUUCAUAUCUUAAAAGAAAAUCCUACUGACUCCAAACUUUUGAACGGUAUAGAUUAAUGGUAUUGAAAAUAAUGGAUUUUCAGAAGUCUAUUAUGAGCCUAUCAGUUACCAGUCCAUCAUAAUAUAGCACUGACGUGGAGAAACCAAUGACAAUCAAGCUUGAACCUGAGCUAAGCACUGACAAUCAAUCAAUUGCACAAAGUAGCAUAAAGAAUCAAAACAACUCCAUGUAGCCGAUGACAGUCAAAAUACAUUAUUGCGAAAGGCUGCAAAGACAAUCAAACACACAACUGAUCAUGUGUAAUAUACUGAAGUUAAUCUAAUGAUUUAUUACUGUACAUUGUUAUAUGGACAUUACUGUGAUUUGAUUCUUGCUUUAUUUCACCACUCUGUAACAUUCAUAGGUUUUUUUCCCUGUCAGAUCCCAUGAACUAGAUUUGUAUGUUCGAAUGUGUGUGCAUAUGAAAAAGAGAGACAGAGAUAGGGAGAGAGAGUGAUAAUGUUACUGUAUUUAUUAUUAGAAAUGUGAACAUUUUAGUGUAAGCCCUUUUGUGGAAUAUCUUAACAUUGAAAUAAAAAUAUUACAGUGAAAAGGAA